AUGUUUAAAUAUUUAAGUAGAUUUCUUACUUAUGUAUUUUAUUUGCUAAUAUUUUAUAUAUGUUUUAUGAAUUCAUAUGGAGUAGAUAUAAAAAAACGUUUAAUUAUUCAUUUUUUUAUAUCUAAUAAAUCAUUUAACGAAAAUUUUACUUUUCCAAGAAGAAACCAUAAAAUAAAAUACUUAAAUAAAGAAUAUAGAGAAUACUGCAAGAACAAAUGUAAUCAUUAUAAAAAAAAAGUUGUAAAUAGUAAAAAUAGAACAAAAAAACUAAUUAUGCAUUUAACGAAAUAUAAAAAUAAUGAAGAUGUUGAAAGCAAGAAUGAAAAUAAAACAACAUUAUACAAAGGAGUAGAAGCAGUGAAAAACAUAUCAAGAAAAAAAAAAAAAAAAAAAAAAACUUGUAAAUAUGAGCAAAAGGAACAUAUAGAAAAGAUAAAAAAAGUAGAAAGAAAGAAAAAAAAUGAAGAAAAUAUUGAUAAAAAUAAAGAGGCAGAAAAUACAGAAUCAUAUAAUGAAAUAAAAGAAAUAGUUAAAAAUGACAAAGCUAAUUUCAUAAAUAAAAAUGAAACAAAUAAUUUUUCAAAUGAAAAAAAUGAAAUUAUUCAUAAUAUAAUAGGUGAAGAAGCAUAUGCUUUAGAGAAAAAUAACUUUAAAAAAGAUGAAAAUAAAAAGCAUCUAAAGGAUGAUUCAAUCAGGAAAAAAUUAUCUGAUUUAGCAAAGUUGAGAUGGAAAAAUGAAGAAGAAAGGAGGAAGCUAUUACAAGGUAAAAAAAAAUUUAAGCAUUCAGAGAAAACAAAAAAAUUAUUAUCUUAUAAAAUAAAGUUAAAAUGGACAGAUGAAAAAUAUAGAGAGAAAAUUUUAGAAAAAGCGAGAAUUUUUAACCAAGAUGAAAAUACCAAAAAAAAAAAAUCAUUAAUAUUAAAAGAAAAAUGGAAGAUAAAAGAAUUUAGAGAUAAAAUGUUAAGUAAUAGAAAACCAUUUAGUUUAGAAAGAAGAAAAAAAAUUUCUGAGAUAAUAAAACAAAAAUGGAAAGAAGAAGACUACAAACAAAAGACAUUGCAGGCAAUAAAAGAUAAUUAUAAAAAACGAAAAUUACAAGUUGGAUUAAAUCCAAACUUAAAUUAUAUUCAAAAUUUGAUGCUAUUUAAAAAGUUAGGUAUGUGUGCUCCCAAAAUAAGAUGCUUCCCUAAUAUACAUAAAGAAAAACUAAGAAACAAAAAAAAAAAAAAAAAAGACAAGGAAAACUAUAAAGAAAAAUGGAAAAACAUCUAUGAUAGUAUUUUGGAUAAAAAUGAAUUUCAAAAUUCUUUAUCAUAUUUAAACAAAAUAGAGAAUUUAAGUGUAAGUACAAAUUUAUAA